AUGCCAGGUAGAUUCCAAUGAUACAAUAAAUUUUGAGGGACAGCGCAAGGGGGCGCAUCCAGCCUCGCAGCCUCCCAGGGCCCAACCCACAGCCAGCGAGCUCCGAUGCUCAGAGAGGCAGGAAACGGGGCCAGCCAGGGGGACUCGAGAGCGGCUGCACUUUCCUGUCCCCCGCCGAGGAGAGCGGAGGAGCAGCGGCCCCGUGGCCUGGCGAGUUUCCCCGGAGAGGAGCCGGAUUCCGGUGCAGGGACGGAGCGAGGAGUCCGAGGUGCAGGAGGCGGGAGGGGGAGGAGAGCACGUGCGCCUCGCCUGGCAGGAUCAGGCCCCGAGUGGAGUCAGAGGCUGCAGGGCGCCCCCCACCCGGGCAGGAAGGGGAAGGGGCGCAGCUGAGGGGCAGGGCAUCUGCAGGAGGGCACAGGGGCAAACAUCUCUGGCUCAGGCUGGCACGGACCCUGCCGGAGACCCUGGGGAGCUGCUCCCUUCAGUCCUGAGCUCAAGGGGCAGAAUGAGGGGUCGAAGGCAGCUGCUGCUUCGCGGUGGACGAUGCAUAUAGUCGCUCACGGAUCAGCGGCGUACCUGGGGCUUUUGCCUCCCCUGUCCCUGUCCCUCAGCAGGGAGCCCCGUCCUCUUUCACGGUCCUCCCCACGGCGGAGAGGGAAGGGGAGGCAGGGGGGAAAUGGAAGAGCAGUGCAGCACGGGGGGGGGGGCUCUUACUGUGCAGCCCCCUGACACCCUUUGCAGGCCACUACUCCUGCACCCCUUCCUCUGCCAGUACCAUUGAUGAACCUAUCGCCCUCCUUCAUGAAUUGGUCGCCUUCUAAAGCACUCUUAGCCGCCACCACCAUCACUGCAUCUUGUGGCAAUGAUGUGCAUCAGAUUCAUUUAGCAAGGAAAUGGUUUCUUUUGCCUGCCCCAAAUCAAGGUACACUGUGCCUACACAUGGAGGCUCUGUUGUUCUGUCACGGCUAAUAAAACGGCUAAUAGAUCUUUUCCCCGGAGAACGCAUCUGAUCUUUUCCCAAGCUGUCAAAGCUAGUGACCUCUUGUGUCUGCGUGUAAAUCAGUGAGACAGGCUUAAGCCUGGUUUCAUUAAUUGUUUUAUUUCCACCUUCCUCAGUAAGGCAGCAGGGUUGAAGUGGGUGACAGUUUUGAGAAUGCAGAGGAAAGGAGGAUUCUUAAGAAGUGUGGCAUAUGGAAAUGAAUUAAUGAUAAUAAAAACGUUGAAGACAGUAUUGUAAAAGACCGAGGAAGGCGAAAUUGAAAUUAGCUAUUCAUUUUCAGAUUAUUACUCAUUUCAUUUCUAUACUGCUUCAUAUUUUUAAGGGAAAAAAUCUCAAAGCAAUUAAAGGGAAAUCUCAUUGCAGUUUGUGUCCAUAGGAUAUUGAGAACAUUGUAGAUCCAGGAGUUCUCUCCUCCUGAUAGUCUCAGAUUUGAUUGUUCUUUCUGAUAGAGCAGGAGGAACGAAACGUUUAUGGGCUUAAAGCUGCAUUGAUUCUGGAGGUCACAUUCCAGUGAGCUUUGUGGCCAAUGUAUGCAUACCAUAAAGUCACAUGCACACACGCCAGAGGUGCUGCACACACUCACCAGACAUGCCAUCUAGCAUACAUACAAGUCUUGCAAACACAAUCAGCAUGUUUAGACCUUCCAACCCCAGUGCUGGGGUGGAGGAGAAAUAAGAGCACAAGAAGACCCUGCUGAAUUAGCAAUGAGAUCUGUGGAAAAAAGACCCUUCUGAUUGGUCUUUAUAAAUCCGCUUUUAAGAGCAGCCAGAGGGAUCAUUUAUUUCCAGAGCAGGGCUUUUACCCCAUUUCAGCACUGUGCUAGUUUGUGGUGAAAUUGGAGUUGAAAAGAUCUCUCUAAGGGCCCCUUAGGCAUCUUUCUCUCCAGGACAGACAGAUCUUCAUCCUAUGAUCAGAUCAGGAGAUGGAAACGGCAGGGACUAGCAGGACACACCCUGAGGCUUGGCAAGCCAUAUGCAGCCAAUGGACUGCAAGUUAGAGUGUCUUCAGUCAAGAGAGUUUGUGACCAUCAAAUUUAAAAUAUUUUGGAGUGAGUUCUUUGAUUUUGUUGGUCAAUAUUCCUUUUGUCAGUUUCUUGGGCUGUGCAGAUCCCAUACAUUUAAAGCACGUGGCUUCGCCCAGAGAACCAUGGGACCUGUAGUUUAUUGCUACAGUUCUCAACACCCCUAACAAACCGCAGCUGGCAGGAUUUCUUGGGUGAAGCCAUGUACUUUAAAUGUUAGCUGGGUCUGUUGCAGCCUUAAUCAUAUACAAAGAUCUGUUGCUGCCUUUCCAACAUGCUAGAAGUUGCAGCCAGGAUCAGCAUUCCCUGUCCACUGAACAUGCUCAGCCCUCUCACUGGGUUGUUUUUGGAUUUCCCUCCCUCUGCCUUGGUUCCCCCCCCCCAAAAAUAUUAUUUGUACUUCCAUAAACCUUGAUGUUUCCCCCAGUCUUUGGAUAACUUCCCCUUCUCCCUGGGAGGAGCCGUUUGGGUGACAUAAUGAUUGUCAUUCACAGCCUGAACAUCAGAAAUAGAAAGAGUAAUAAUAUAUUUCAAAAAUUGGCAAAUGGUUAAAAAAUGUGCUUUUGUUUUUAUUCUUGAGUUUUAUUUUACUUUGUGUUUAUUUCUUUUCCAGCAGGGUGGCGUAAAAAUGGAAGAGCAGGGACCCAGGAGACCCAUUCAAAGGGAGAGACUGGAGUGCAAAGGAAAGAAACCUCCUGCCGGCCAAGUUGGGACCAUCAGGGAUCUUCUGCCUCGGGCAGAUUUAUGUCAGAUUAAGCAGGAGCAAGAGGAGGGGCAGCCGCAGCAGCACUGGGAGGCCCAGAAGCAGGAUUUCCUGAAGACGAUGCAGCCCCCUCGUUCAGGGUGGGAAACCCCACAGGCUCCCAGUCCUCCCCAAUCUGGGGAUGGUGUCCUCUCCUUCAGGGGAGCUGCGGAUGCCAGUCGGUGGCCCAGUGGGAGAGCAGGGGGGACAGACCAGACCCUGCUCCCAGACACUGAGGGGCUUCUGGGAAAGGUAAGUGCCCUCCUCUCACCUGGGUUUCCAGCACCUGGAGGUCACAGGUCCACUGCCUCUAGACAUGGAGGUUCAAAAAAAUCAAAUCAAAUUUUAUUAAACGGUCACAGACCAGAUUAACUCGUACAGCUAGUCAGCGAAGCAUAACACCGGAAAAAACAAAGGACAAUUUCGAUACAUAACUGCAAUUUAAAAUUAGGCAGCAUAAAUAAAAUUAAGUAUUUGCCUUCGCCUGCAUAUUGACAUUGGAAAGCUCUUGUUUCCUGCGCCUAAUAGCGGCUACACAAAAUUUGGCCACAUUGAUCGUAAUUUCAGGAACCUUAUCUUCUACCAAGGCUCUCAUACGUUGGAGUUCUGGUUCAUUUUUAAGCUUUUGUAGAAUUGGGGCAAUAAAGGUCAAACGUAGAUCCUCGUAGUAACUACAGUGCAGCAAUACAUGCAGACUUGUUUCCACUUCCGAUGAGCCACAUGGGCAAACACGUGACUCAUAUGGUUUGCCCUCAUAUCUGCCUAGCAGCAGGGCAGAGGGCAGAACGUUAAAUCUGGCCAGGGUAAAGGAGUGUCUGUACUUAGGUAUUUGUAAAUCAGCCAAAUAAUUUGCGGGUGAGAACCCUCUCCCAAAGUCUCUAAUUAUGGCAUGUUUAUCCAUUUUGCCCAUAUGACAUUGCAGCUCUAUGUCCCUAAUGCGUUGGAGCACUUGACUUCUGGCUCUCUCAUAUCCUGCCGCUAUCAGUAUCUGCUGGGAGAAUCCCAUGCUUCUUAUCUUUUCAAAGUUUGAAGAUUUCCAUGUUUAAUGAUAGGUGUCUAAGAGUGUUAAAGGAGCCAAACCGCCAGGAAAAAAUAAGUUUUAACCAGUAGUGUAUCUUUAGAAUCCACAGCCGCGCAUUAACGGGUGGUUGUCCAACUUCUAAGCGGACAGCUAUAUUAGAUACACAGGGGGGGACCCCAAUAAACACCGAUAGAAUUUUGUUUGAAAUGCCUCCAUAGGCGCAAAAUUUUUAAAACUGCAAACCUGGGAUCCAUAAGUGAGUUGUGGGAGUAUUUUUGCAGCAAAAACCUGGGAGGCCGCCGGAACGUAUUUACCCCCUUUCCCGUGAAAAAAUCUUGUAAGGGCUUUAUUGGCCCUUCCUGCGUUGGCAAUGGCGUUUUUCAUCUGUUGGUGCCACGAGACCCUUUCCUGAAAAGUUAUUCCCAGGUAUUUGAAAGUUGCUACCUGGUCAAUAGGUUGACCAUUAAUUCUCCAUUUGUGUUUCCUUCUUUUUUUUGAAAACACCAUAAUUUUAGAUUUGCUGUAAUUUAUUGAUAGUUGUUCCGCUUGACAAUAGUCAGCAAGUGAUCUCAAAAGCUUCCUCAGGCCAACGCAGGAAAAGGAGAGUAGGACUGCGUCGUCCGCAUACAGAAGCACCGGGAUGGGAAUACCUGCCAGUUUGGGAGGGUGGGCAUUUUCUUUCGCCAUAUUUACUGCUAGAGAGUUGAUAUAGAAAUUAAAUAGCGUUGGCGCGAGGACACAUCCUUGUUUAACCCCAUAGUGUGUUUGAAUUUCUUUAGUUAGAUGGCCUGACCGAUCGCAUCUUACCCUCACCCUGGUGUUUUCGUAUAGACCACGGAUAAGGCAUAAUAAGCGUUUAUCUAUGUUUGUAGCGCCAAGCUUUUCCCAGAGUCUAUCCCUUGGUAUUAGAUCAAACGCCGAUUUAAAAUCCACGAAUGCUGCAUAUAAAGACCCCCCUUUUCUAGAGUAUUUUUCUGCCAGGUGUUGAAGGGUAAGGGCCUGGUCUAUAGUUGAACGCUUUGCUCUAAAACCAGCUUGAGCUUCUGAUAGAAUAUGCUCUCUUUCCAUCCACUCCACUAAUUUAUCACAUAAAUGAGCAGCAUACAGUUUGCUAAUAAUACUUAAUAGACUGAUUGGUCUAUAGUUAGCUGGCUCAGUUCUGUUUCCUUUCUUAAAUAUUGGAAUGAUGAUGGCUAAACCCCAGUCCUCGGGGAUAAUAGCCGCUUGAUUUAUACUAGUGAACAAGGCGGCUAGCACAGGGGCCCACCAUUCGACAUUUGCCUUAAGAAUUUCUGGUGGGAUAUUGUCAGCACCCGGGGCUUUCCCUGAUUUAAGAGCUUGAAUACGGCCAGUAAUUUCUUCUGUGGUUACAGGGGGCCAUUCCUUACCAAAUUCACUUGAAGCAGGAAGCAGAACUGGGGCCAGUUGAUUUGAUGAAUAUAAUGAGAGGAAAUAAGCCUCCCAUGCUCCAGCGGGUAUAGAGUAUUCGAUUUCAGUCGGGGAGUCUCUCCAGCUUUUUGCAAUUAUUUUCCAAAACGUGGCAGAAUCUUUCCUUUGGGAGGCCUCCACUAGGCACUGCCAUUCCUCCCUUUGUGCCUGGAGCUUUUUCUUGCUAAUCAAAGCUUUAUAACUGCGUUUUGACUCAAACCAGUCUAAUGGAAGCGAAGGUAAGUUCGCUGUUCUAUAGUUCCUGUACUUAUCCAGCAGGAGGCGUUUCAUAGCCAUGCAUUCUUGGUCAAACCAAGGUUUGGAUUUAUUAAAGUGUAGAGAUCGCCGUGGCGUUUUUUUGUUGGUCAGAUAAGGUUGUAGCGACGAAAUCAGUUCCCGGAACAUGUCUAAUCUAGCCUCAGGAGUUGGGGAAUUAACGAGGUUCUCCUUUCUAGCAAGAAAAAUAUCUGAGUGAAGUCUUUCCGAUAUUUCAUCACUCAAUUUGCUGGACCAUUUAAUACGUGAGUAUCUUAGCUCCAUGUUUUCGAAGCAUGGGGCUACAAGUUUAUCAGAGCAAAAUAAAUCUUUUCUUACAUCCAGUAAUAAACAGAGCGGUAGAUGGUCGCUAUCAACCCUCUCCACCACUUUACAUUCCCGUGCUCUGCUCAAAAGGUUAGAUGACACCAGGACGUAAUCGAUAGUGGAGGCUCCCAUGUUGGAUAUAAAUGUAAAUUCCCCACUGGGUUCUCUGUCGACACGACCAUUUAAUACAGUCAAAUCCAGAUUGUUGGAAAAACGUAGAAGGCAUAGGCCUGCGUAAUUGCAGCCCUUGUCUUUUGAGAGCCUUGGGGGAAUAGAAUGGGCUUCUUCAGAAAUGGGAGGUACGUCGUGAAAAUGAGCGUAUAACGCUCGUCUGAUUGGCCAAUUCUGGCAUUUAAAUCCCCAGCCAGCAGCACUGCCGCAGCAGGAGUUUGAUUCAUUAGCUCAUCGACAUAAGAUUCUAUCCUAUGCCAGAGAUUUUUGAUAAGCUGCUUGCCUCUUUGGGGAGGGGCAUAUAUAUUAAUCAAUAGAAGUGUGCAAUAUCUGCAUUUCAUUAAUAAUGCCAUGGCCACACUGCUCAGAGGCUCCAGCUCGACGAAAGAUGCUCUCAGCCUUGUGGAUAUUAGAAUGCCUAGCCCACCCUUAACUCGUCCCCCUUUGUUGCUUGGUGAACCUGCGAGCGAAAAUGAGGCAAAACCAUUUACAUCUAAAUCCCCUGUUAGCCAUGUCUCUUGCAAGAAGACUAUAUCAUGAUCUUGGAUAAAAUUGACAAAUGAUUGGUCAGUCGCCUUGUUGAGCCAACCAGCAAUGUUCCAUGAUAGAAAUUUAAGAUUGGCUUUAUCACAAUCGAAUCUUUGUCAAUUAUUAGCUAACGUACUUUUAGGGUUUGUCGCUUUAUGUAUCGGACGCCUAUCGUCUUUGUAUGGUGGGCUAUCCAGCCGCUCUAUGAUUUCAAUAGGUGGAUGCAAAGUGCUCACGUUUGUGAACACCAGAUCUUUAUUAUGCAUAAGUUCCUUCUGUGGAUAGUCUGUUUUGGCCUGAUUUUGGCCCAAUUCUGUUUCGUCUAGGUAUCUCAUUUUGUCCCAUACGUCUUGUGGGGUCACCUUGGGGAUAUUUCUCCUUCGGGGGGGUGAUGGAGUACUCUCCUUGAAGGGUGGCACAUUCUCUCUUGGUGGAAAGUUAAUCUCCGCUUUGAUCUGAAGGUUACGUGUUGUGGACUUUUUUGGGUCCCCCUUGAUAACCUCGUUGCCUGAAGCUCUCUCGGCCAGCUUAUCUCUUAGCUUAUCUAGUCUUCCCAAGAUGUCAGUUUGUAUUAAUGCUGGGAACAUCCAGAAUUGGUCAAUUAGGAUAUUUUCUUCCAUAGUAAAGAAAUCCUCACCUUUGCUUGCAAGGCAUUGCGGGUUCUGUUUGUCAGGCCAGAAUUUUGAGAGUUGUUUCCCCUUUCUAAGAUUUGCCUGCUUAGUUUUCAAAAGGGGGCUCAAAGGAGCCUUAUUUUCAAAGAGCCUAAGUAUUGUUGUCCGUGCUUUUAAAAAGGCAGGUCUUGACCUAAAAAUAUACUUGGUCAGGUUCUGAUCCCUAAAAGUGGUCAGUGCUCUCACUGAGUGACCAUCAUAAUGUAAAUAUUCCACCGAGGUGAUAUCAUUAGCAUUAAUCAUUCCUGGCAGUAUGUCAUUUAGACUAGAUACAAAAUUCAUUAUUCGCUGUUUCCCUGUAAGGAAGCCCUUAGGCUUUGGGAAGUUCGUGAAUACCAGUUUUUGGGGAUUUAGGAUCAAAUUCCAAUCUCUUUCCUGACUGGAGGCUUGCCAGGUCUGAAGGGGGGUAUCAUCUCUACUAAACGCUUCCUCUUCCCCGCUGUUCGAUUUGCUAAGUGUUUUAUUGCCUUCAUAGGAAGAGGCCUCUACUUCCGCAGCAUCAGGUUUAUUAAAAAGUUGGUUAUCCAAGGACUGAGUUGUUACUUCUGCCUUCUCACUUGCUACUGGAGUCAGCCUUGGCGAGUUCUCCUUAGCCGGUUGCUGUGUUGUUUCUCUCUUUUUACCCUUCUUUUUGCUGCCCCGUGUGGUCAAUUUAUUUGGGGCUGAGGGAAGAAGUUUAAACAAUUUCUGCCAAUGUAUGUUUCGAUUACUGCGGGUAUACUUGGCUUUCCUUGUUGUUUUAAUAUUUUUACUUUUCUUCACUUUUACCCUUGAGUUAUGUCUUUGUAGAUUCUUAUUUAUUACUGGUUUGUUCGUCGACGCUAGCUCAACUGUUUUAUGUUCUUGUGGCAUAUCAUUUAAUUCUAACUCUUUUAAUUGAGAUGUGAAAUUUUCUACUAACGUCAGCAGUAGCCCGUUUGUUAUUGUUAGAUAAUUUUUUAUGUUGGCUAAAUCAGAACUUAUUGCUAGGGAAUAAUCCAAAGGGCGACCGUCACUCAAUUCUGUUUGAGAGUAUUUUGGAGUAGGUAUCUGGUUUUGAUGGGUUGAUGUAAUUUAUUCCGUGGGCAGCUGUUCCUUAGUAAUAGAGGUAUUUCCCUCCUGAAGUUCCUCGGCUAAAGCUAGUUCUUGCGCUAGGCUGCAUGGGGAGUUAAUAUUUCCAGUAUCUUGGUAUAUCUCUUUAAAAUUAGACGUCCAAUCAAGAACAGUAAGAGAGGGGGGUAUUACUUCAUCAAGAAUUAACUCUUUGUGUGGACUCUUACCCUCCUCCAUCUUAGGAAAGUAAUUUGUGAUUUUGCUUUGUCUUUUACCAGGGCCCGAGGGGCUGAUUGCCGAGUCAGGCAGUAUACCCAACUCCUUGUAUUUUCUUCUAGUAAAAACCAUGGUAAAAGUGGUCUUGAUAUAGAGAGAGGGCAGUUUACCCCAGGUGCGACUGCCUUAGAUUGGGGGGCAAGUGGGGGUAUCAAUCUAUAUUCUCACCUGCUCUCUGCAACAGCUUCCUGAUGUGCUCAUCAACAGCCUCAAUAUAUUUCUCUAUUUUGAGUUCUCUGCUAUUAGAUCUUGGCAAUUGUCCUAAGCCUGUAGUUUUCACCUCAAUCAUGCGACCAGCGCUGUUUCACAAAUGCUGCAACCUAGUCAGAAUAUAAUAAUAAAACAAUGCUGCCAAAGAGACAGCAGUAAUAAAACGGCUAAAAACUACAUUAAAAUUAAAAUUGCCUUAUUUAGGCAAUUUAUGUGCAGCUGGAAAAGGAUAAUAGUGGAGUUUGGCUAUAGCGCAUGUACAGCUAUGAUAACCUUGUAUUUCGGGUCCUAGCUUAGUCUUUAGAGGCCUAGCUUAGUCUUUAGAGGCCAUCUUCUACCGCCCUAUACUGAACGAAGGAUAUCCAAGAGCCCCAGAAGGGAAACUUUCUGUGGGCUGGUUCGCUGAUUCCUUCUAGGUAGUCUUUCAAAGGCCUACCACAUAAGGCAGGGCACGGAACGAUAUCUUGCUGAAGCCAGUUUUCCAAACCUCCAGAGGGUCCUAUCCGAUACACUGUUGUGAAGUUAUUGUGUAGAUUAAAAACUUCCUGUAAAAAACUCAGGGUGCCUUCACCAGGAGUUUCUGAGAAUAUAAAAGCUGGUCUCCUCGAAAGAGUUUAUUAAAAUGAAGAGCCUUUCCAGCUACAGCACUUCCUCUUCAACUAAGUAGGAAUGUUGUCCCCAGCUAGUUCACACAGCCCCCCAGCUGGGCGGGGGUCAGUCAGUUCAGUUAACCCCCGAAUCUCCAAGCUUUAUCUUUCUCUGUGUUCAGCAGAGCUGGGUGUCUAUGGGCCAAUCUCAAAGCAAAGCUCACAGUCGUAUCUCUCCUUACCCUCCUUCUCCAGGCACCGUUGGUCAGGUAAGCAGUUCACAGUUCUGUCUUUAGACCUCUUCUGUCUCUCUGCUCUCAGUUCAGGCAGCAGCAUUCUCUCCUCUCUGGCAACCUUGACCGGGCAGCUGAUAAGGAGGAAGGGAGCAGGCUGGGACAAGCUGAAGCUCGCAGAGCCGACAGGAGUUAUAAAAAUGUUCAGAGUCUUUAAAAUGUUUUCCGUUUGUUAAAAAUUGGCAUCCGGAGGGCAAUUAAGAUAAGGUUUUUUAAAAAAUAAAAGUGAGCGCCGGAGAGCGUGACUUGCCUCGGCGCCAUCUUGGUCCCAUUCCUCUCAUGGAGGUUCUGUUUAGCUUUGGUGGUGAAUAUUCCUCCUCCCUGCACUUUCUCUCUAAUCCACUUCUAAAAGGCUUGCUAGACCAAACUUUCUUAUACAUGGGAGUUUUGUGAUCAUAUCUCCUGAUGUUGUUACUUUAGUAAAGCAACCACAGGGGACUCGGAAUUUCAUCAGAGCAGAAGCUACGUCAGAAGAGGUGAUCUUCCACCAAUCCUCAUUUUCCUCCUCUAAAUUGCCUUCAUUUCCAAAAUGCUCUUUUCUCCCCACUGAGGUAAAUCUCUUGGUAUGUCUUGCAGCCUCAGCAAUCCCAUGUGUACUUGCAUUAAAUAACACUGGCCUAUUUUGCAAGGUUGUUGCAAGAUUUAUUAGGAUAAUGGUCAGGUUCAGGUGACUGAAUCACAGCCUGAAAAUCUGGGUUAAAAAUAGGAACAGUUUUUAAUGCAUUGCUGCAGCAAAGUUACGAUAAAACCUAAGUUGACUCAAGAUUAAAACCAAAAACUCUAGCCACCACCGCAGUCUCCUGGCCCCCACAACCAGAAUGCAUCACUCCAUAAAGGACCCCCACCCAACCUUUAGUGAGAGAGGGCAAAAGAAAAAGACUCUAAAUGGGUAGUUGCACAAAUUUACCAGGUGUGGUCCUGCACUGACAGCAAGGCUUACAAACAGGGGAGCUGGGAACGUGUUGGUCCCGUAUCUCCCUGCAUCUGCCUCCUGACCUAAUUGUCCCACCUUACCUCAUGAUUGGGCCGGCCCUGAUUUGGAACUGUGAUGAAACCAGGCAAUAUCUUAUGAGCCAUAGGUAACAAACCUUCCAUUUUGCCCAAACCAGGAAACUGCAGCUGGCAGCUUUGGAAUAAGCUGGGAUAUUAAGCUAACUUCAAACUUUGCUUGGUCAAAACAGGAAACUCUGGUUGAUCAGUGGCUUCGUGGUUUGACUGUUCCCACUGAUAGCAGUAAAAAUAGGAAGCCCUGUUGCAUUCAAAGGGGUUGUUUGGACAGAGUCUGUGAUCAGCAUGCCAAUCAGGACAGGCUUAAAAAGGUAAAGGACCCCUGACCAUUAGGUCCAGUCGUGGCCGACUCUGGGGUUGCGGAGCUCAUCUCGCUUUACUGGCCGAGGGAGCCGUCGUACACUUUUCGGGUCAUGUUGCCAGCAUGACUAAGCCGCUUCUUGCGAACCAGAGCAGUGCACGGGAACGCUGCUUACCUUUCUGUCAAAGCGCUACCUAUUUAUCUACUUGCACUUUGAUGUGCUUUCGAACUGCUUGGUUGGCAGGAGCAGGGACCGAGCAACGGGAGCUCACCCUGUCGCGGGGAUUCGAACCGCCAACCUUCUGAUCGGCAAGUCCUAGGCUCUGUGGUUUAACCCACAGUGCCACCCACGUCCCAGGAUAGGCUUAGGAAGCAAUUAUUAUUAUUAUUAUUAUUAUUAUUAUUAUUUUCAUCCUGCCUAUCUGACUGGGUUACCUCUGCCCAUCUGGGUAGCUUCCAACAAUACAAAAACAAGCAAAACUUUCCCUGUAAAAGGCUGCCUUCGGAAGUCUUCCAUUUCGUAGAAAUGGCCUUCGGUUUUAAAGAAUUGCCCUCUUUAAGGAAUCACUUGGUGUAAACAUGUAUGUUGUCCUCUAGGUCCAAACACACACAGACACACACAUGGUAGGAGCAAGCAGUGCUCCAAAGUGCUUAUCUUGCGAACUUGCCGUCUAAGUUGUUUACUCCUGACCAAAGUUCCUGUUUCCCAAAAGGACAGGAGGGGGAGCAGAGGAGGAAACGGAUGGGUUUGAAGGCUCUUUCUGCCUCUCUCCCCUGAGAAACAAGAGCAAAGGGUGUUUGCAGGCCAGGAGGACAGAGGAAGAGGCAGCGAGGGCAGAGGGAGCAGUGGGCGGAUCCCCCGCCUCUCCCAAGGGGUCCAGAUGCAAGCAAGGGGCUUCCUUCUUCUCCCUGCAAGGGCCACCCAUGUAUUCAGAGCAGUCCUUUGCAGAUUAACUUUUAAGUUCCCAAGAAUCUACUCUCAGGCCACUAAUGUGCAUACCAUGCCAGCCUUAGGAAGGGAGGUGGGACAGGCAGGUGAAAAGAAUUGCCAAAGGUGUUUGAAAAUGCACCUUGGGAAGUGGGUGCCCUUGGGAAGGGGGUGCCCAAUUGCGGCUUCUCCAGGGGUAGUAGAAUGUCUUGGGCAGGAGAAUCGCUGCAGGGGCUCUCAGACUCCCUUGGCUUCUUCUUCCCUUCCUCCCAGGAAGCUGCAACUUGCUCUGGAUUCUGCACUCCUCAGGAAGCUGAACCUGCAAACCUAGCUGAGACUGAACCUGCAACCCUGGCCAGGAUGGAAGGAGGAAGAUGGACGGUUGACCUGGUCAGGCUCUCUCCCGCAUCCCUCCCCACAACCUCUGAGCAUUCCCUCCCAGGACCCUUGGAGAAAUCUGGUGAGUUCCAGGGGAGAGGAGAUGGGGACAGGGACAGAUGGAUGGUGGAGGGAGAAAGAGGAAAAGAUGGAGAGGAGACAAAUGGAAGGAAGUUCCUGACAGGAAGAAGGAAGAGGUGAAGCCUUCUGCAAAGCAGCUCUUUGUUUCUUGAAUCCUUUUCCUAAAGUAGUGGGGUCAGAUUUUCUUCCUCCAGGCUUUGAAAUCUUAGGUGUUAUUUCCAUGGCAGGAAUAAUUGAUGAUAAUGAUGUUGCACACCAAUCCUGAAAAAUGGGUGAAGGGGAAUGGAAAUGCUUCCCAUAAUUAUUUAUAAUUAAUGUAUUUAAAUUGUUUCUAUUACUCUUAUUUUUUAUAGACAGGGUCAGAAUGAUACAUUCCACCAGCAUCAAAACACAAUAAAUGCAUGCACCUUCCCAGUUUGGUGGGCUUAAGGGACAAAGGACCAGUUAUCAUGAUACACAAUUCCUGUGGCUGGAGGCUGUACACAUAGGAUUGGGCAUAUAAAGUCCAAGAGCAGGUGGUAUUAUAAGCAAACUGUGUAAACUUGCCAAUCUCACAGACUGGGGUUGUUUGUGUGAGUGAGUGAGUGAGUGAGUGAGUGGGAUAAUAAUUUUAGCACCCCUGUGUAAUGGCUUGGUUCUCCCGCACAGACAUGAGACAACUCCAGUAGUAAUUAUCUCAAACUCAUAAAUCACUGUGGAGCUCAGUCUUCGGCCUGUUCAUCCCAGCUUGCAGUUGCCGAGUCCUCCAGCAAAGAAGGCCCCGCUUUCACUUUCUUUUCCCCUCUUCUUGCAGAUUCUCUAGAGCCUACGAUUUUUUGGACAGGCUAUUUCGGGGGCUCUGUGUCAGAGCUCAAACUGGAGAUAACAGUCUGUGCCCCCCCCCGUCACCCCCUCUUCCUGCUCUUUGUUCUUUGCUCCUGCUGCAGCUUGGCUGCUCCUCCUCUGCUUCACAUUCCAACUGAAUCACAUCUCUUGCCUUCUCAGGCUCUGUCAGCGGAGGCACGAGAGGCUUGAGAUUCACAGAGCUGACACCCUGUAAUUUUGUCCGUUCCUAAGCUUCCAUGGAGAUACUGUGGUACAACCUUGGUGCAAAUUUCAAAAUAAAUAUACAAAGCCAACAAAGAGACUCAGAAGUUUAUAGUGGCACCAGCUUUCCUGCUCAAAAUUCCACUUUGUGAGACUGCAGCCCACAAAAGCUUAGGCCAUAAUACAUUUAUCAGCCUUUAAGGGCUGCAAAAGAUGAAUAAGCAGAAGCGUAGUUCAUCUAUGGAAUCUAUCCUACAGGAGACAGUGACGGCCAGCAACAUGGAUAGCUUGAAAAAAAGGAUAAGACUGACGUCUCUGCUCUGCCCUCGCAAUCCUAGGCAAUAACGCUUCUUAAUACUAGUUUCUGGAAAGCACAGGAAGUCAGAGAAGACUCUUGUGCUCCAAUCCUGCUUGCCGGUUUCCCACAGGCAUCUGGUUGGCCUCUGUGAGAAGAGGAUGCUGGACUAGGUGGGCCUUUGCCUGAUCCAGCAGGCUCUUCUUAGGUUCCAAUAUAUUGCAAUAUUUUUACAGUUACAUGUAGCACUUAAGUUUUAUUUAUUUCACAAGGGAAAUGCUGUUACUUGAGCCUGAGAUCAUUUCUUCACUUCAGAAAGAAAAAAUAGAUGUGUCUAAUAAGCCAAUUCCACCAUAGAUCUGGAUUAUAAAACGAUGCUGCUUUAUUAAGUGUGAUUGGAGUGAUCAUGUGUUGCUCUUGCCACUAUCUCAUCAGCUUUUCAAAAAAUAUGGAACCUAGAGAGGACAGUGGAGAAUGGAGACUGUGUGAAAAUGAGAGAAGGUGCAGAUUGGGAUUGACAGGUGUUCAGUUCCUUUUUUGUCUUUCUUGAAAGUCUAACAGGAUUCUCUUUCCUCCCAGACUCCCAAACAGGUGAGGAAGAUGAAAGUCAGAAUUCUAUGAAGCCACAGGUGAAUUUAUGGGGGAAAACAAAGACACUGAGGAUACAACAAAAAAGUCAAAAAGGAGAGAAACUAUUUGAAUGUAUGGCAUGUGGAAAGAGCUUCAGUGAAAGUGGAAAACUUAGAAUACACCAACGAACUCACACAGGGGAGAAACCUUUUAAAUGUACUGUAUGUGGAAAGAGCUUCAGUGAUAGUGGAUCACUUAGAAUACACCAACGAACUCACACAGGGGAAAAACCAUAUAAAUGUAUUGAAUGUGGAAAGAGCUACAGUCAAAAUGGAUACCUUAGAAUACAUCAACGAAUUCACACGGGGGAGAAACCAUUUAAAUGUAUUGAAUGUGGAAAGAGUUUCAGCAAAAGUGGAGUACUUAGAGUACACCAACAAACUCACACAGGGGAGAAAACAUAUAAAUGUAUUGAAUGUGGAAAGAGCUACAGUGAAAAUGGAUACCUUAGAAUACACCAACGAACUCACACAGGGGAGAAACCAUUUGAAUGUUUUGAGUGUGGAAAGAGCUUCAGUACAAGUGGAGACCUUAGAAUACACCAACGAACUCACACAGGGGAGAAACCAUUUAAAUGUAUUGAAUGUGGAAAGAGUUUUAGCAUGAGCGGAGCACUUAGAGUACACCAACGAACUCACACAGGGGAGAAACCAUUUAGAUGUAUUGAAUGUGGAAAGAGCUUCAGUACAAGCAGAGCACUUAGAAUACACCAACGAACUCACACAGGGGAGAAACCAUUUGAAUGUUUUGAGUGUGGAAAGAGCUUCAGUACAAGUGGAGACCUUAGAAUACACCAACGAACUCACACAGGGGAGAAACCAUUUAAAUGUAUUGAAUGUGGAAAGAGUUUUAGCAUAACCGGAGCACUUAGAGUACACCAACGAACUCACACAGGGGAGAAACCAUUUAGAUGUUUUGAAUGUGGAAAGAGUUUUAGCAUAAGCGGAGCACUUAGAGUACACCAACGAACUCACACAGGGGAGAAACCAUUUAAAUGUAUUGAAUGUGGAAAUAGCUUCAGUACAAGUGGGAAACUUAGAAUUCACCAACGAACUCAUACAGGGGAGAAAUCAUUUAAAUGUAUUGAAUGUGGAAAGAGUUUUAGCAUAAGCGGAGCACUUAGAAUACACCAAAGAACUCACACAGGGGAGAAACCGUUUCAGUGUAUGGAAUGUGGAAAGAGCUUCAGUCAAAAUUAUACACUUAGAAGACACCAACGAACUCACACAGGGGAGAAACCAUUUGAAUGUUUUGAGUGUGGAAAGAGCUUCAGUACAAGUGGAGACCUUAGAAUACACCAACAAAUUCACACAGGGGAGAAACCAUUUAAAUGUAUUGAAUGUGGAAAGAGCUUCAGUACAAGUUCGAAACUUAGAAGACACCAACGAAGUCACACGAGGGAGAAACCAUUUCAAUGUAUGGAAUGUGGAAAGAGCUUCAGUGAAAGUGGACAUUUUAGAAUACACCAACGAACUCACACAGGGGAAAAACCAUUUAAAUGUAUUGAAUGUGGAAAGAGCUUCAUUGAUAGUGGAUCAUUUAGAAGACACCAACGAACGCACACAGGGGAGAAACCAUUUAAAUGUAUUGAAUGUGGAAAGAGCUUCAGUACAAGUUCGAAACUUAGAAGACACCAACAAAGUCACACGAGCGAGAAACCAUUUCAAUGUAUGGAAUGUGGAAAGAGCUUCAGUGAUAGGGGAUCACUUAGAAUACACCAACGAACUCACACAGGGGAAAAACCAUUUAAAUGUAUUGAAUGUGGAAAGAGCUACAGUCAAAGUGGAGCACUUAGAAGACAUCAACGAACUCACACAGGGGAAAAAUCACAGAUACUUUAAUAAACCGUAUCGGUGUUCUUUACCUUUCCUUCUAUGCUUCCUUGCAAUACUGAUAAAAUCAAACCACACCAAUGCUUUCAGCCCCAGAAGAGGAGCUCCCCUUGGUGUCAGGGGAGGGGUCCAAGGCAGCAUCUGGAGCCCUGCCAUUCCUUCUGUCCCUGGCCCCUUCCCCUCCUCUCUCUGCCAUCCCAGAGCCACUCUUGACUCCACAGCAGGAGACUGGAUCUGUCUGUGAUGAUGAGAUGUCCUGGCUGGUUGAAGGACCACUUCCUGUUUCUUGCAGCUCCAUCCUUUCUCAUGCAAGGUGGAGUCAUGAAGCAGGUGAAGGCUGAGCACACCUAAGGGUGGCGCAGCGGGUGGGUGGGAUUCUGCUUAAUCUUUCCCCGUCUUCUCCUUUUCUGGUUCCAAAUCCCCACACAAAAAGGGGUAGUGUGAGGGCGCAAUCAGUGUUAUGGAGCUGCACUGAAAAUCAUUGCUUUGUGAGCGUAAGAGGCCCUUCUCAAAAAAACAAGCAUCAAGAGAAUUUAAGCUACAGAAUUUAAAACAAACAGAUAAUUACUAAAAAAGAAAGCAGUCUGGUGCCACAUUGCGUAGGAGUUACUUUAACACACUCUUCCUGGGGCUGCCUUUGAAAAGAGCUCAGAAACUUCAAUGGCUCAAAGAGCUGCAGACACAUUACUGACCAGGGCUGGCUAUAGGCAGAAUAGGACUCCCAUAUUAGAACAGCUCCAUCUGCCUAAUUGUCUGUUUCUGGGCACAAUCAAUGUUUCCACAAGAAGAGGAAGAUAGAUUUGGAGUGCCGCAUUUUCAAAAAAGAUGGACACACGACUGUUUCUUGGAGCUGAAAGGCAUGCCCGUGUGCCUCAUUUGUGGUGAGGCCCUCUCCGUCCUGAAGAAGGCCAACCUGCAGAGGCACCACAGGACGAAGCACAUUCAGUACAAGGGAGUUCCACGGGCAGCUGCGCCAGGAGAAGGUCAAGGCGCUGAAAACGGACCUGUUGGGUAACCUGUGGCCCAUCCAGAUGAUGUGAUAUUGCAACUCACGUCUUCUUUAGCCGUUGGCCAUGCUGGCUGGGGCUCAUGGGAGCUUGAGUCCAAGGAUCGAGGUCACAAAUGCCGGGGACAAUUCAAAUCCCUCCUCAGUCAUGAAGCCGAUUGGGCGACUUAAAGCUGGUCACCAUCUUUAUGUGAAACCUCCCUCGCAGGGUUGCUGUGUGCGUGAAAGCAAUAUAUCUUGUGGUGGGCUUGAUGAGGGGAGUGUGGAACAGAAAUGUAAUUCAUGGGUAAGAGGACAGGAAAUAGUUCUGAAUCUGACUGAAAAUAAAGGAUUCUUUGUCUCCAAAUUGCAUAUAGCAAGCACAUGUGUUGUUGAACUCUAGCUGAAGUCUCAGCAUCUGGUUCCUCAGCACUCUGCACUCUCUCUCUGGAAACCUCCGGCUGUCAGGUGACAGGAACCAGCCAAUGCCUCCCAGUUCAGAAACAGUCUGCCAAGAGCUGAGAUUGGAAGUGGACAACCAAGGAAACUUAGGGGAGCAUUUUCAUUUCCAUGCUUAUGAAUAUUGAAUUGAAUCAAUUCAUCUGAUGUGUUCAAAAUAGUAGAGAAAAUUUAUGGUUGACACCACCUUGGGAUAGUUUUGACAGGAAUUCGGGGAACUAGGAAUAUUUUUAGUUCCAUCAGAGUUGAUGGAUCAGCAAAUAGCUAGAGAGGAUUAAGGGGUGGGGGCGGGAAUCAGGCCUUGUUUCUCAUGUGACAGAUAACCGAUUCCACAGUUCUUAAAUGUGACCAUUUGCGACACAAGAUCUACCCACCAGGGAAGAAUGGCAGAUGAAGGUGAUGGACUAUAUGGAACUGGCGGAAAUGACUGGCAGGAUCCGAGACCAGGGAGAAGAGUCGGUGGAAGAAGAUUGGAAGAAAUUUAAAGACUAUUUACAGAAACAUUGUAAAAUUAAUGAAUGUUAGAAAGAUAUUGGAAUGAACUUAUGUGGUUUUAGCAGAAAUGUUAUAAAGGAUUAGGAAAAAAUAGACUGUUAAUUGGUGAAACGAGGGAAAGUAAAGUUAUAUCAUAUUAAGAUAAAUUACAGGACAAAAAUUGUAAAAAGAUGGAAAGGAUUUGCUGAAAUAGUUAACCGAACUAGAAUACAAAAAAGGGAGGUGUGAGGAGGUCAAGAAAACAAGCUAACAAAUGAUAAGUUAUGGGAAGAUUCGAUGUUUUAUUUUUUUAAUGGACUUUUUUCUGUUUUUGUAUUUUCUUUUUUUUCUUUUCCUAUUAUGAUGUGUUGUUUUUGAUGUUGUUUAAUAUGAUAUUAUUUUUUUCUUUUUGUAACCUUUAAAACCUUAAUAAAUAUUAUUAAAAAUAAAUAAAUAAAUGUGACCAUUUGCUGCCUCCCAAAAUUAUGCUUAAGCCUUUCCCCUCCCCCCCCCCCAAAAA